GAUUUUUUUUUCAGUGUAUCAAAACAGAGUAAGCAAGGCGGAGAAGCUGUGUGCGAGAAGCAACAUUGGUUCGUAGGAUGUUGGUUUGGCUGCUUGCAUAGAAGACAUAUUUUAUAAGAACAGCGCUGUUCUGCCAUAUCACAUAUUGCAUACCAGGGAUUUUCCUGCCUUGCAUCCAGACCUGCUGGGGUAGGCUUCAAGUUUCCUGUGAUCCUGAUCUGGAUAAACAGGUUUAGAGGUACAUCAUGGCAGAAGGAGGGUUUGACCCUUGUGAAUGCAUCUGUUCUCAUGAUAAUGCUAUGAGAAGAUUAAUUAAUUUGCUAAGACAGUCCCAGUCCUACUGUACAGAUACAGAAUGUCUUCAGGAGAUGCCAGGACCAAACCCUUCCAGCAAUGGUGACCUUACAUUGCCAAUGAUAAUGGUGGCAUGGGUAAUCAUUGCUUUGGUUCUGUUUCUUCUAAGACCUGCCAGCAUGAGAGGGCCAAGUGCAGCAGGAAAGUCCUCUAGUCCACAUAAUAAUCAAAGACGUGAACCCCCGGCGCCCCCUGUGGAUUAGAUGGAGAACUGAAAAGGUGUUCUGCUGACAGGAAUUUGUAUGACCAAAAGUUGUGGCCUCUGGAUAAAACUCUGGAAUGUUUACUCACCUCAGCUAAUCCUAAUCAGUUUUUUUCUUAAACUAUUUUUACCUACUUUUCUUUUUGUUGUCAGCAUUCUUUUUAUACAUUAUACUAGUUUUCUUAGUUUUACAUAUAUUUGAAUGAGCUCUACUUAAACAAAUACUUUUUAGUUUCCACAUUCCAGCUAAAGUUUUUGACCUUCUCUCCUAUUUUUGUUUGAUUUGCACCCUGUAUAAAAGUUACAAGCCUUAGAUUACAAAGGCAUAAUUGUUAAAGGUAAAAAAGACCCUUUACAAGGGGUAGGAUAGUACCAUUAACUUUUGAUACAUGGUGAAAUUAUUUACUUUAAGUAGAUUAUUUAAAACUAUCAUUACAUAUUAUUACAUACAUCAGUGUGGUACUUAAUAAUGAAAGCAACAUUAUUACUACACCAAAAGAGGAAAUAAUUACCUGAGCGUUAUUUAUGCUAAUGAUGAACGGACUGUUAGAAUAAACAUUGUUUCAGGGAAUAAAUUUCCUAUACAGUUUUUACGAUGUUACAGUUUUUCCCAUCCCUAUUUUCACUACAUUGAAUGCUUAUUUUUAUUUUCGUUAUUAUCUUUCAUGAAGCUUUCAUACGGUUGAACCAUUACUUGCUAAAGCUGUUGCUUUCUUUUAUUUCUAAAGAACAUUUGAACUAGUACAGCAUUCUUACUCAUGCCAUUUUUUUCCCUUUUACUUUACUUAAAAACUUAUUUUGCACAACAAGAUGGGCCAACAAGAAUUCAUACUAAAUUUUCUAUCAAAGGAAAUUGGGUAUUUGGCCACAACAGCAUUUACAAUUGUAUCAGAUUUUUAAAUUAGAAAUUGUUAAUGAAGGUAACAUUUCUGGAAAAGUGCCUGCUGAAGAGCCACAGACUUUUGAUGAUAUUUAAAAGCUUUUUACUUCCACAAGCAGAGACAGGUGCUCUAAUUUUUAUUCAUUCAUGUGCCAUUCUGCAUAUUUCUGUCAGUUUUAUUUAACCCAAGUAUAUAUUGACCAAUAGUGGGCCACCACAUUUUUCUCUUUAUGUAGAUGCUGGAAUUAAUUAAAUAGAUUUUCUGUUAAAAUACAUUGAAAUAAUUUUAUAUGGAUGAUGUUACUUUAUAACUGAUAACACUGUACCCGUUCUAGCAAUGUCUGCUUGUAAUCAUUUAAAUCCAAUAUGAGAUACCUCAUUUAUUUAUAGUUUUGCUCUGUUAGUUUAAAUAUCAAUAAUUCAAUGUUUUGAUCACUUGUAAUUUAGCGGAUAUUUUGCUUGUUAUUGCACUUUCCAUGUAUGUAUGUAUGUGUUUUUAUAUAUAUAUAUAUAUAUAUAUAUAUAUAUAUAUAUAUAUAUAUUAUACAGUAUAUAUAAUAUAAAGUAUAUAUAAAUCACAUUCUAAGCAAACACUACAGUACAAUAUUUUUAAAAUAUUAAUUGUAUUUUUUCUUCAUGAAAAUUUGCAGCUAACAAACUGUUUAUUGUGCCUCAGUUCUGAUAAAGUGUUGGAGUGGGAGCCUCCAGACUGUGCUAUGGACAAGGUAAAAUAAGAGUAUACAUUAGUGGUAACAUGUUGUGUUCCACUAUACUUUUGUUUCCAUUCUGUAUAGACAUGGAAGUAAAAGAUUGAAAAGCUUGAACACUAAUAGUUUCACUAUUCUCUAGCCUGUUUCUAUUUGCACCAUUAAGUACUUUUGUUUACCAAAGUCAUAGGUGACUACUUUAUUUUUCUUAUUGCAGUUUAUAUUAUUUGAAGUUAGCACUUGUGCUCCUUGCAGUUUUACACUGAAUUGAACCUAUGGGAUUGCUUCUUUUGCUUUAAUUACUUUGAAACUGAUUAUGUAAAAACAUACAAUAAAUACUUAUACUGCAUAAGAAUAUUUUCAUAUAACUUUAAUCAUUUAAAGGUGUGAAAAUAUCAAUUACUGUAUAACUUGCCAAAUCAAAUUGUUUUAUUUUGUGUAUGAAUAUUUGUAUUUAGUUUUUGAAAGUCAUGGUAUUGGACUUAUAAUUUAAUCUUGUAUGAAAGGCUGAAAGUGAGAUAAUGGGCUUUUACUAUGCACUUUCCAGCUAAAGGGCUUGUACUGUGUACUUUUUUUAUUAGUUCAAAAAAUAUAUGUCAAUGAAUGGUA